ACCAUUAAUGAUCGCCUCUCUCUCUCUCUCUCUCUCUCUCUCACACACACACACUUUCUCUCUCUUCAAUUUCUCUAUCUAUAUCCCCACAACCACAACAACACACACUUUCUAUGUGCAUUUCGAUCUAGCUGAAGAUCCUAGGGUUUUGUUCUCUCGCCAUCUUCGUGGAACCUUCUACAGAUUCUCGAUCUGCAUUUCUUCAUCUUUCAUGACUCGUUAUGGAGAAAUCCCGUCACAACAAGUCCAACGCUGAACCCCGGAACCAACCUCUUCCUCGAGGGAACAAGCAGGUUCAUAGACAGCAACAAAUUCCGAAUUUGUCUCCUGAUUCUGUUUCUUGCGGUGGUGGGGUUGCAGAAAAAGAUUCGUUCUCAUUAAAAUUCGGGUGGAGAUCUUCUAAACAACGGUUUAAAACCCCCAUUAAGAAUUUAUUAGCUGAAGAAAUGUCACGUGAAACUGAAUCCAAAAGAAGAUCCCCAGGUGUUAUUGCCAGGUUGAUGGGUCUUGAUGGGUUGCCGUUUCAGCAGCAUGCUAAUAAGCAGCAUAAGGGUUCGUCAGAAAACUUUCUAACGAGGACAACACAAUUAGAGAAAACUCGAAGCAGAGGAACACCAUAUGAUGGUAGAUCGUCUAGCAGAAGCUCAAAGGAUCAGCAGGAAUUUAAGGAUGUAUUUGAGGUCUCGGAGGUCCCUAAGGUAGAGAGCAGUAGGUAUUCAUUGCAGGGGUCUGCAGACAUGAAGAUCACUGAUGCUGAAAUGUCUUUCAUUGAACAGAAGUUCAUGGAUGCCAAACGCCUUGCAACUUACCAGGAUUUGCAGUCUUCAAAGGAUUUCUGUGACACACUUGAGGUUUUGGACUCUAACAAGGAUCUUCUGUUAAAAUACUUUAAGCGGCCAGAUUCUCUGUUUAAAAAGCAUCUAAAUGAUCUUCAAGAUACCCCCCUCCAAUCGCAUUUUGGUCAUGAAGAAGUUAUGAAUAUUGAGAAGCAUGAACAGGACCUCAAUUGGAGGUCAGAUAGGGAGACUCCACUGUUGAAUUACAAUAGAUCUCAUCAGAAGCAUCAUGAUGGUUAUCCUUGCCGUUUUGACAAAAGACAUGUGAUGCAUAGUUCACCAAAAUCAUCUAAGCUUCAGUUUAGAGGUAGUCAUGAACAAGAUGCAGCACCUACAAAGAUUGUUGUCCUAAAACCCAAUUUUGGAAAAAUGCAGAAUGAUACCAGAAUUGUUUCAUCACCUUUUUCUUCACAUAAUUUUCUGUCAGAGUGCGGAAAUGACACUGAAUUUUCAGAUGUCAGAUUUAGGGACACUGAACUGUAUCAAAGGACAAAUUUGCCUGAUAGUGCCAGGUCUUCGAGGCACAAUUCUUUGGAAUCUAGAGAAAUGGCAAAGGAAAUCACUAGGCAAAUGAAAAAUAGUUUGAACAAUGGUUGCACGAUGUUCUCCCCUUCUAGAUUUAGAGGAUAUGCUGGGGAUGAUAGUUCAUCUAGUGUUUCUGGGAAUGAAUCUCCAGAGGAAACAACUGCAACUUUGGGAAACUCAUUUGACUUAAAUAACCGUUGCCGGCGGUCACCCCAUUCUAGUGAAUCAUCUGUUAGUAGAGAGGCAAAGAAGAGAUUAUCAGAGAGGUGGAAAAUGACGCACAAAUCUCAAGAGGUCCAAGUCAUCAGCAGGAGCAACACGCUAGCUGAAAUGCUUGCUGUCCCUGAUAAGGAAAUGAAGGCUGCAAAUUUUGACAGCAUGGCUAGUAGGGAAGGUUUCCGUAAUAAGUUUGAUCGCCAUGGUGAACCUGCCGGGUGGGUUGAGCCAUUUGGUAUCAGCAGCAAGGAUGGUUGGAAGGACGGAUGUAUUGGAAGUUUGUCCAGGUCAAAAUCUCUUCCUGCUUCAUCUACUGCCUUUGGAAGUCCAAGGACAUUCUUGCGUACUGAAGCACUUCGUGAUGAUCGAUUUAUGGUUCCAAAGGAAGCCCUUAAACGGGAGAGGAAAAGAGCAACAAAGAGUCUUGACCAUAGACAUGGUGUGAAUACUAAAAGCACAAAAUCUGGUCACAAGUCUUGGUCUUUGCAUUCAUCAAAGCUCGAAAGUAAUGAGUUUUCUCCAGAAUUAAAUACAAUUCAGAAUAAAAUGAAGAUCAAUCUUGAAGAAGAUUCACCCAAGCUAGAGGUUCUGCCCACUGAAUCCUUUGCCGGGACCUGCAGAGAUACAAUUGCAGUUACUGAUGAUGUUGUAAAUGUGGCAAAUGAAUAUGCAGUUGUGUCUUCUGAAUCUUCUUCUGAUAAGGAACUAUCAGUUGGGUCUUCUAAUGGAAAUUCAGUCUUCUUUGAACCACCUGCACCUGAACUUGAAUCUUCGUGCUGUAAAGAUGCUGAUCAACCCAGUCCAGUCUCAGUCCUAGAACCUUCUUUUACAGAUGAUCUGUCAUCUUGUUCUGAAUGUUUUGAAAGUCUCAGUGCUGACCUACAAGGACUGCGAAUGCAACUCAAGUUGCUAAAGUUGGAAUCUGAAGAAUAUGUGGAGGGACCCAUGCUAAUUUCAAGUGAUGAAGAAGGAGGGGAAACAUCUACUAGAAUGUCAGAAGACAAUGGAUUAUGUAGAAUUGAAGAUAGUUGGGAGUCUUCCUACAUUUUUGAUGUCUUGUCUAAAUCAUGCAUUGAUGGAGCUCAGCCCGAUACAAUGUUGGAAGUUUGGCAUUCUCUAGAAUGCCCUGUGAGUCUAUCGGUGUUUGAUGAGCUUGAAAAGAGGUACUGUGAUUGGACUACUUGUUCAAGGUCUGAAAGGAGAUUGCUUUUUGACCGUAUAAAUUCAGGAAUCGUCAAGAUCCAUGAGCAAUCCACGUUUGCACAACCAUGGGUGAGCCCUGCAACCACAAAUAUUGGUUCUAAAUUGAUUAAAAAUGGGCUUCAAGAUGGUCUUUAUAUGAUGCUAAAGAGCCAAGGAAAAGUAAAGGAUGACGCUCUGGGGAAGGUGCUGGAUAAGGAAUCGCAGUGGUUGUGUUUAAGAGAUGACAUUGAUGUAAUAGGGAGGGAAGUUGAGAGAUUAUUAUUAGAUGAUCUAGUUGCAGAGAUAGCCGGUACCUAGAAAUUUUUUUCCCUGUAAUGUUAAUCAAGUAGGACAAUGUUAAUUUCAUCAGAAGAUGAAUAAAAGGG